UUCUACCCUGUGGUCCUUAGAAAGUCAGUCAGUCAGCGGGUCAGUGUCCGGGUAGGUCUACGUGGUGAGGAGUGGGACCUUUGUCGUGCACCUGACACCACGAUGGAUGACUAUCCGAUGUAUGGGUUGCUUGUUGGGUUCUCCCUCUGGGGGACCCUUUGGCGCCUCCUCUUUCCCCUGGGGUUCUGGCACACCUUCACGUGUAGAGCAGACACCCGGGGUGGUACCUCCACUAAGCCGUAUACCAAGGAGGAGGAAGCAAAGAUGGCCGCCAUCCUGCAGGAGAGAAAGGAGAAGAAGGAGGCCAAGAAGAAGGCCCUGCAGGAGGAGCAGGCGGCAAAGUUGAAGAAGAUAGAGGAGGAGAUGGCUAGAGAAAAGGAGAGGUUGAAGAAGGAAGAAGAGGAGAGGUUGAAAGAGAUGGAAGAGGAAGAAGAAGAUGAAACGCCACUGCAAAGGAGGAAGGGGCAGCACAGUGGCGAAGAGAUGGAGAAACGGUUUUCAGAAUGGGUCGCCAACUUAUCCCUGGGCGAAGAAGAAGAGGUAACUAUGUACAUCCCCAAGGAUGAGCAAGAAGCCGCUAUGAAGAAAUGGGAAGAAGAAGAAGAUGUUCUGAAGCGGCAGGUGAUGGAAGAUGAAACGAGGAUGGUGUGGAAACUCGCAAUAAUGAGGGAGAAGAAAAGAAGAGUGGAGGCGGCGAGUGCAACAAUGCAGGAAUUAGCGGAGGUGCAGAAACUAACUCUGCGAUUGACCCCCCAGGUAGACCUCCAACAAAAGGUGGAUAUCAUUGCCCAGAGCGUCGAUCGUUUAACCAGGGUGCAAGAACGACAAUACGAGUUUAGCCGAAGUCAGGACAUAGCUGUGCGUUCGAUGCAGAUGGGGUUUCGGGACUUUGCCCGCGAAUUGGUAGGAGCCGUAGGAGCCGAGGUGAAUCAUCGCCUCGAGAAGACUGAGCGCUUUUGCGUCGGCGCCAUUGAGGGCGUCAAGGUGGCAGCUCCCAAGGAGGAGCCGCGUCCUCGUAGGAAGUCGGUCAAAGUCAAAUUCCCUGAUUCCUACAGUGGGAAAAGGGAAGAAAACUUUGACAACUGGGAGGCCAACGUCAAGACCUAUGUGCAUCUGCAACAGGUCUCCCCAAAUCAGCACGUGUUAAUUGCCAUUCAUGCRMUUAGAGAUGAGGCCGCCAGUUUCGCAAGGUCCCUAGUCCGCGCUGCCAACUGCAACAAUGAUGCAGUGGCCUACUCAUCGUUCACCCCCCUCGUUGAUUUCAUGAAAUUGUUGCGCGAGCGAUUUGCUGAUGUCGAUUGCAAUGUUGAGGCCUCAGAUAAGCUCCAGACCAUCCACGCUCGUAAAUGGAAGAGUGUCAAGGCACUCAAGGGUACGAUGGAUGAAUUGGUGGCUGUCCCUGACCAUGGGGUCACAGAGGCCCAAUUGGUCGACCUCUUUUAUCGGGCCAUGCCCGAAGCCUUUCGAGGGCAGUUCUUCGCGAAGAGCGAAGAUCCUGCCACCACUUAUGAUUCCCUUAGCCGUGAAGUGGUGGCUUUCGAGGCGAAGUCAAUGUCACUUUCUACCUUCUGGCACAAAGACCUCGACAAAGGAAAGCAAUGGAAAGGCCGCACUAUCUCAGGGCAAGUCAAGACCAAGGAUAGCAUUGUCCUUACCUUAGAUGAAGGUAGUGUGGACGAGAUCCCCUACGAGCAGAUUGAGUGGGGGUUAGAGGAGGAGGACAGUGGUGUGAGCCAGGGGAGGACUUACGCUGCUGUCGCGGCUGGGAGGAGGCCGCAAGGAGGACGACGAGGCCAGGGCCAAGGGGGCCGGGCCUUAGGGAGCCGGUUUCAGGGCGAUCAGGGGGUUGGCGACAGAGGAGGAAACCGCCAAGCGGGAGGAAGGGGUCAAAGUCCCCCACAAAACCGUCCUAGGAAUAGGUCUCCCUACAGGGCGUAUUUCCGCCUAGAGAAAGAUGGGAAAGUGGAGAAAGUUCUCCACUCCCUGACUCUGCUCGUAAAAGACAGCCUCCCAUUCGAUAUUGUCUUGGGGAUGGAUUGGGGAGAGGCAGCUGGGGCCACACUCCAUUUGAAGGAGCACGAGUGUAAGCUCCCUAGCCCUUCAGGCGAGGCUAAGACUGCCCGCAUGUUCCAUGUGUCAGGAGUAGAGAAUCCCCUGGCACAUUGCUGCCUUAGUGCACCUGCAUUCGCGAGAUUCGUGAAGAAGGAGCACCUAGAAGAACAGGUCUUUGUAGCCUAUGUUAGGCCAGUGACUGAGCCUAAGGAAGAGAAGCCUAUAGACCCUGCUAUUGCCAAACUGCUGGAGGAGUUUAAAGACCUAGCUGAGCCGCCGACAGGAGUAGUGUCGCGGCCCAUCCAGCAUCGCAUUGAGAUAGAACCUGGCGGUAGAACUCCUAAGGGUGCGGUGUACAGGAUGUCCCCGCGGGAGUUAGAGGAGGUUCGCAAGCAAUUAGACGAGCUCCUUGAGAAGGGUUGGAUUAGGCCUAGUUCAUCUCCUUUUGGAGCACCUGUUCUCUUUGUCCCCAAGAAAGAGGGAGAGUUGCGGAUGUGUAUAGAUUAUAGGGGUCUGAAUGCUGUUACAGUAAAGAAUGUGGAGCCACUGCCUAGGAUAGACGAUCUUCUGGAUCGAGUGUAGGGGGCAAAGUAUUUCUCUAAGAUAG